UGGACCGGAAGGAAGUGGGUGUUAGCUGACUGACGUUAGCGAGCUACAGUUCCGAAGUCUGCUGUUGGUUCUAUGGAAGAGAUGUCAGGAGAGAGUGUGGUGAGCUCGGCAGUGCCGGCAGCUACAACCCGGACUACAUCCUUCAAAGGCUCCAGCCCAAGUUCUAAAUAUGUGAAGUUAAAUGUGGGUGGAGCUCUGUACUACACUACAAUGCAAACACUAACCAAACAGGACACAAUGCUCAAAGCCAUGUUCAGUGGCCGGAUGGAGGUCCUCACAGACAGUGAAGGUUGGAUUUUGAUUGAUCGCUGUGGGAAGCAUUUUGGAACCAUCCUUAACUACCUAAGAGACGGGGCUGUUCCGCUUCCAGACAGCCGGCGGGAAACUGAGGAGCUGCUUGCUGAGGCCAAGUAUUACCUUGUCCAAGGUCUAGCUGACGAAUGUACAGCUGCCUUGCAGAACAAAGAAACUUAUGAACCCCUUUGUAAAGUGCCUCUCAUGACAUCAUCUAAGGAAGAGCAGAGGCUCAUUGCAACCUCGAAUAAGCCUACUGUCAAACUGCUGUAUAACAGAAGCAACAACAAAUAUUCAUAUACCAGCAACUCUGAUGACAACAUGCUGAAAAACAUUGAGCUGUUUGACAAGCUGUCGUUGCGGUUCAAUGGUCGGGUGCUCUUCAUCAAAGAUGUGAUUGGAGAUGAGAUCUGUUGUUGGUCAUUUUAUGGCCAGGGACGUAAGAUUGCUGAAGUGUGUUGCACUUCCAUUGUUUAUGCCACAGAAAAGAAGCAGACAAAGGUUGAGUUCCCUGAAGCCCGAAUCUAUGAGGAGACCCUCAACAUCCUUCUGUAUGAGUCCCAUGAUGGUAGAGGUCCAGACAAUGCCCUGCUGGAAGCCACAGGGGGCGCUGCAGGACGAUCUAAUCAUCUGGAUGAGGAUGAGGAGCGAGAACGAAUCGAGCGAGUUCGUAGGAUUCAUAUCAAACGACCUGAUGACCGCACACAUCACCACCAGUGACCUCUCUCUCUCCUUUGACCCGUCAGCCUGUGUCUCUGACCCUGGACAGUCUUAGCACCACGCUUGUGCCUUACAACACCCAGCGCCUCUCUCUUUCACUUCCCCUCUUAUUUUACCAGCUUUCUCCCGGAGACUACUAUGAGAUGACUGUCAUACAACAGUGUGUAGUGGUGAAGUGGUUGUGUGUGUGUUUUUGUGUCCACUUGUCUGUGUUGAGUGGUCAGACUGUAGUGUGUCAUUCUGUUUGUUCGCCAUGAUAACUUCUAUCACUGUUUUCUGCUACCGUGCAGAAGCUCGUAGACUUGGAUGUUUGCAUUCAGCACUGCAGGUCGACACAAUUUCAACAGAGUUUGUGUGGGGGGGGAAUAGUGUUGUCAGUAUAAACCUGUUAAUGGAGGUCCUAACUGCAUUAAUUAUUGGAGGUCCUAACUACAUUACAUCCAAGAGAGCAAGAAUUAUAUCAUGUAAGCAGCUAAAAAAAACAAUGUAUAUAAUUUAGUCUAUCUUUGCCAUGGUUCUGACGGGUCCACUGUAAGGUCAUCGGUGGAUGAACCAGGUGUUGGUCACAAUUGUGCCACAUGGUGGCACUGUUUUAUUCUUAGAAAAUGUUACCAAGGCUAUUCUAUAGCCUGCACAUAAUAGCAAUUAAACCUUUUUGAAAUUUGAUUAUUUUUUUUAUACUGUUAAGAUAUCACAGGUAGAUGCAACAUUUCACUUUAAUGCUUCUGCCAUAUUUAGUUUUUAACAUUGACGCUCUUUCCCUUCACUCCACUAAGGAAAUCAUUAAUAUCAGUGGAGGGAACUUGAGCUGUGACCUGAGGUGUUAAAUGUACUGGGCUGAUUGAAUGAUGGAUGCUGAGGUUGAAGUGAAUGACUGUAACCGGAGAUCUCCCUGGCAGGAAGAGAACCCUGUCUACAAGCUUUUAACAGGGAGAGAAAUUAGACCUGUCCUUCAUCGCUGCAUUCAUCAGAGAAUGUACUGUUUGCACACUAUAGGUUUGAGUUGAUAUAUGUCUAACAAUCACAGUACUUGUAGGUCUGUUGUACAGAAGUGAACAUAAAUGUAUGUUUUAUAUUUAUACAUACUUUAUCACAAAUAAAUUUCUACAAACA